CCAACCCUUUGCUCAGAAAACCGAUCUAGGUUGGAGUAUCGUAAGUUAUGGUGACCCGCAAGAGCACUACAGUGACGCAAUUGGAGUAAGUCACCGCAUCAUUGUAAGGAAAGUGACACCUGAACCCAAAUCAACAAUCAAGCUCAAAAGUGAGGUUCACUAUGUUUGCAAGACUCAGAUCAAGGAAAUGAUCAGUCCAGAUGAUGUAAUUAAGGUGCUAGAAUCUGACUUUAGUGAAAGAGUUGAAGAAGAUGCAACAGUCUCUCAGGAAGAUCUUCACUUCUUGACUAAACUGAGAAAUGAAAUCAAACAAAAACAAGAUGGACAUUAUGAAAUGCCCUUACCUUUCAAAAAAGACAAACCAAAUCUACCGAAUAAUAAGUCAUGUGCUGUUCAGCGUCUAAAAGGUUUGGAACGAAAGCUCAAGAGAGACCAGAAAUACUGCUCAGACUACAUGCACUUCAUGAAAGAUAUCAUUGCUCGUGGUGAUGCAGAGAAGGUUCCCGAAGAAGAACUCAACAAUCAACCAGCCUGGUAUAUUCCCCAUCACGGAGUAUACCACCCUCACAAGCCUGGGAAGAUACGAGUGGUCUUUGAUUGCUCAGCAAGAUUCCAAGACACGUCAUUGAAUGACCACCUUCUUACUGGGCCUGAGCUCACAAACACCCUGGUGGGAGUUCUCUGUAGGUUUCGCAAGGGCCCGAUCGCUAUUAUGUGUGAUGUUGAGCGGAUGUUCCAUCAGUUUCAUGUAAGGCCGGAAGACCAAGAUUACCUGAGGUUCCUAUGGUGGGAGAAUGGUGACCUGGCGUCUCCACCAUCAACUUUCCGGAUGAAAGUCCAUCUGUUUGGGGCAGCCUCCUCACCCGGCUGUGCCAAUUUUGGUCUUAAACAUCGAGCAAAUGAAGGUCAAGAUCAAUUCAACCAAAAUGCUGUCAAAUUCAUUCAAAGGAAUUUCUAUGUUGACGAUGGACUAGUGAGUGUAAUGUCUGAUGCUGAGGCAAUUCAACUCGUCAAGGAAGCAAGAGGUCUUUGCAGCAAAGGCAAGCUAAGACUACACAAGUUCAUCUCCAACAGCAAGAAUGUAUUGAAUUCAAUACCAAAGGAAGAGUGUGCUGAAAGUGUCAAAGACCUUGAUAUGGCUUUGGGAGAGCCACUCAUGGAAAGAGCUCUCGGUGUUCAAUGGUGCGUGUCAUCUGAUGACUUUCAGUUCAGAGUUACAGUUAAGGAACACCCAUUGACCAGAAGAAGGAGUAUCUCCUUAAUCUUCAGCAAAGACCAAUAUGGCAAAAGGAUAAGAGCGAAGGUUGACGACAUCGUCAUCCUACAAGAAGAAGGCUCUCCACGAAAUCAAUGGAAAUUAGCAAGAGUAGCGCAGGUGUACCCUAGCACUGAUGGAAGAGUCAGAAAGGUAAAACUGUUAAUUAGUGACUCAACCUUAAAUAACCAGGGAAAACGCACCACUAAGCCAGUCUAUCUUGACAGGCCUGUACACAAGACAGUUUUACUGCUGGAAGCAGAAUAAAUGUCAUGGUUAUUUUUGUGAAGUGAAAUCUCAAAGAAUGUGAUUUGGUGGGAGUGUAACUGCCAUGAAUGUUAUUUAUGUCAUUUGUAGUAAGUUUGGUUGAAUAUAUUAUUUGUACAACUCGUUUAUUUAAUGUUGGUUUGUUUUUGUUUUAUAUGUGGUGGGAACUGUUUGCGUGUCCUGUGUUGCGCUGGGAUGCAUUUGAUUGCAACAAUCGCAGGUGAACAUGUGGUUGAAGCUAGGAAGAGUAAGUAAGUGAAGCAAGUAAGAGAAGCUAGAAGUGCAAGUAAGUGAAGCUAGGAAGAGUAAGUAAGUGAAGCAAGUAAGAGAAGCUAGGAAGUGCAAGUAAGAGAAGAAUACAUGUUUAAGUGGACCCAUUCCCUCGUGGUUUAUGUGCAGCCAGUGAGUUCGACGGUGGAUUGAAGGUGGAUGGCGAAGUGCGCCCGCAUCCAAUAAACAUCUGUCAGUAAAGAAAAAGAACAACGGUGGCGUCUAGUUCCUGGAGGGAGUGAUAGUAGGCAUAUUCCACGAUGGAGACCUCCACGAUCCAUCAGGCAGAUGGCGGUGGGGAGGAGGAGUGGGCGGAGUCUCAACAGUGGGCGGAGUCUCAACAGGACAGUGGCGUAGUCAGGAGCAGGAAUUCCACGACCCAGACCUCGAUGAUCCAUCAGGCAGAUAGGAUCUAUGCCGUCUCAUAGGGUCCGAUGACCCCAUGAGACGUGAAGUCAAAAGGACUCCGGGGAGAAAGCAGAGUUAGUAAUGUGUGAUUGAGAGAUGAAAAUUCAUCCUUAAGGAGAGAAAAAAGAGGAGAUAGAUACUCAGUGCAUCCUAAACGUCCCCCGGCAGCUAUAAGCCUAUAGCAGCAUCUCAAGGGGCUGGACCAGGUGAACCUGAUUCAGCCCUAACUAUAAGCUCUGUCAAAGAGGAAGGUCUUCAGUCUACUCUUAAACGAGGUGACUGUGUCUGCCUCCCGGACUGACGGUGGAAGCUGGUUCCAUAAAAGAGGAGCUUGAUAACUAAAGGCUCUGGCUCCCAUUCUACUUUUUAAGACUCUAGGAACUACAAGUAGUCCCGCAUUUAGUGAGCGUAGCUCUCUAGUGGGGCAAUAUGGUACUACAAGCUCCUUAAGAUAUGAUGGUGCAAUCACCAAUCAAGGCUUUGUAAGUUAAGAGAAGAAUUUUAAAAGUGAUUCUUGAUUUUACGGGGAGCCAGUGCAGAGCAGCUAGUGCAGGAGUGAUGUGAUCUCUUUUCUUAGUUUUAGUGAGAACACGAGCUGCAGCAUUCUCGAUCAACUGGAGGGACCUAAGAGACUUAUUAGAGCAGCCUGAUAAUAAGGAGUUGCAGUAAUCCAGUCUCGAAGUAACGAACCCGUGAACCAAUUUUUCUGCAUCUUUUUGAGACAAGAUGUGCCUGAUUUUUGAAAUAUUACGUAGAUGAAAGAAUGCAGUCCUUGAGAUUUGCUUUACGUGGGAGUUAAAGGACAAGUCCCGAUCAAAGAUAACGCCAAGAUUCUUUACAGUGGUGUUGGAUGCCAGGGCAAUGCCGUCUACAGAAUCCACAUCACCAGAUAAUUGAUCUCUGAGGUGCUCAGGGCCGUUUAAAAUUAGUUCGGUUUUGUCUGAGUUUAACAUCAAGAAGUUGCAGGUCAUCCAUGUUUUUAUGUCUUUAAGACAUGCUUGAAUUUUACCGAGUUGGUUGCUCUCCUCUGGUUUUAUCGAUAGAUAUAGUUGAGUAUCAUCUGCAUCACAAUGAAAGUUUAUGGAGUGUUUCCUGAUAAUAUUGCCCAAAGGAAGCAUGUAUAAGGUAAAUAAAAUUGGUCCAAGCACAGAACCUUGUGGAAC